AUGGCAGCCAUCCAAGAGCUCUCACAUCUGGCCUGGGAAGUGAAAAUGGAUUCCUGGAGAUGCAGAGAGGCGAUCAGCGAUGCUGCGAAGGAUUUAGUACAUGUUGCAGACGGCGGAGACGUGCUCUCCCGAGUCUUCAAGGCCUUGCAGAGCAAGUGCCUGACCCCGGGGGAUUUGGAUCGACGCAGGCCUGAGUCUUCGGAGGCAAAGCUCGAGAAUGAUUCUGCGGGCUUAUCACUAGCCUCCUUGGUCCUGGAUCUUUCGGCUACGAGCCAGCCCAGCAGAGACGGCUCGGCGGCAGAGAGCGGAGUGCCGAACGUUCAGCCGGGAGAGGAGGUCAUUGCUCAUUCGGUGUCUUUUCUCUGGCACGAGGUAAGGUUCACACUGCCCAUGUUGCUCGAGGCCAAUGCUGCGAGCACAGAAGCUGCGGCUACAUGUACCAAAGUCACGCGUGCUCUUCGCUCGAUUCACCACCUCUUCGCCUCUCGACGUUAUGCGAGCCGCGCUUUGCCUGCAACCUGCCUGGCGCACCGCACCGCUGUCCUGGCCUCGCAGUGUUCUUCCAUCGCCUCCUCGCUGUCCUCUUGCAGCCCAGCAGUCAUCAAAGCGGCUUUGGCAGCCCUUGGCGAAGCAAGUGGUGACCUACUCGUGGCGCUUCUGGGCUACGGCUGCACAGAUGCGGCGCUUCAGUCUGCUGCCUUUGCAGAGCUUGGCAAGCUAGCAGCAAGCCAGCAGAUGCUGGUGAACGGCCUUUCAGGGAAGGGCCCUUCCUUUCUCGCCCUUGCCUUGCGAGCCAUCGGUGCGACGCUGCUUCCUUUGAACUUAGAGGAAGCUCGGGGCAGCGAUGGCACGGCUCAGAUGGCGCAGACAGCCCGACGGGCCGCAGAGUGUGUGGCAUCGGCGGAGGCUCGUGCCGGGAACCUCGCAGCGGCCGUCUUGCAGGUCUUGGUGGACUCUCAUGGCAGCGAUUUCACGCAACUCGAGGGUCUCGUGAUGCAACUCGUGUCCGCUUGUGCAGAUCCAAGGUGGGCGGCAGCCCCGCUCUUUGCAUUGCGCAUGAUCGCUGCCCUGCGACGAGUGGCUGGGGCCUCCCGUGGCGUCGAGUUGGAAUGUGGGCGGCGGGAGGAAGCCACACGAUUGAUCGGAAAGGCCGCAGAAGCCCUCUGCUCGCAGCACUUGGAAGCAUCGGGAACGACUGCAGCCACCUGUGAAUCCGAUGCCUCCGUUCUGCGAAAGGCAAUGCCUGCCUCUGGUACAGAGCAUGCACGGAGCACGUCGAGCUUGCUGGCCCUCGCUGGAUUCCAGAAGCGUGACUCUGGGGGUCAGGAGAGCGCACUGCUGGCACCUGCCUCCGGCACCUCCUCCCCAGGGCUCUUGCAGGGAAGUGCUGUGCCAGCGAGCUGCGCCACCUGCAACGCUGCGGCUUUGCUCUGUCUGGCCACGGGCAGUUCGCCUGGCAAGGGGAAGAAAGCCAAGGCCACGAAGACCUCCCAGGCGGAUGGAAGUCUCCCAAUCCUUCGCUCAUGGGCGAGCUGCAGCAGCUUGGAAUCAGGUGCAGAGAAAGCAAGCGUCCAGGCCGGCCGCAGCGCACGACGCCUCUACAGUCACCUGCUCUGGCGGGAUGGGGAGAGCUAUCUGUGUCGUGCAAGAACUGCGGCGCUCGAGUCGCUGCUCUCGAUCGGUCGGGGCCAUCCAUUGGCCCUCGUACGGCGCCAGGCCUUGGCGAGCUUGGCCGGGGCCUGCAUGGCGGACCCCUCGCUGCUGGCCUCUCGCUGUAUCGUGGAGGCUGUGGCCAGUGGUCUGCAGGAUGAGGCGGCUUUGGCUCGGCUGGCCAGCGUGGACCUCGUCCUGCGGCUCAGCAGCCACGGCCACGGCGAGGUCAUCGAACAACGGCUGGCGGAGCUGCGCGGCGCCGUGCGAGGGCGGCUGUCUGAUCCAUCGCCUCUCGUGCGCCGAGCGGCCUUCCGUGCCGCAUGCCAGUGGCUUGAGGAGGGCGUGGAGGCCCCGAGCCACUGCCUGCAAGAGGCAGGCAAUCUUCUGCGCCGGCUGCGAUCCGAGCAGCCGACGAUCCGCUCCUUCGUCCUGGGGGUGCUGGCACGGGUGGUUUUUGAUGGGCUCAGCAAAACCGGCAAGGAUCGGCUGGAGAGUCUCCAGGCCCUCCUCGCGCAAAGCGGUGCGGGUGGGACUGGCCUCCGCGAUGUCAUCGCUGCGCACUGCAGGGCCAUGGACGCGAGCAAAGAUGUGGAGGACGCGCCCGUCGCAACGACGUCAGUGAUGGCCGAGGUCGUUAGUUGUGCUUUCGCAGUGCUGCCAGCAAAGCCAGAGAAGCUUGAGAAGCAUCACGUACAGCUCCUGACAAUCUUGGAGCAAGUGGGGAUGGAACGCCCAGCCGCCUUUCAGUCCAGCCUGGCGCUUCUGCAACGAUGGCUUGAUGUGGACAACCAGUGUCAGGACGCAGGCGACGCAGGUCCUUCCAGCCCCGAGCUGGACCUCCCCAUCUGCGCCUGCAACAUCCUCGCGCAAGUCCUGCCACACUGGGCCGAGCACACCUCCACCCUCUCCAAGCAGAGCCAGGCACGCAAGCUGAUGGCCCAGCUGGCGGCUCUGAUGGAAGAGGCCAGGGUUCCCCUAGGCGACCUGGGCCUGCUCGCCCGGGCUGUCGUCCGAUGCCUGGCAGUGCUCGUUCCACUGUGGCCCCCUGCGGGGCAGAUGCUGGUGGGCCACUUCGGUCGCAGUGUACGCAUCCUAGCAGAGGUCGUGCAGCAGUGUGGCCCCGUUCCGAACGGCAGGAUCUGUCGCCAUGCAUGGAUCGUGGGGUCCGUGGUGGAAUUUUUGGAUCAGGGCUCUGAGCUGCUCUCCACGGAGGGUGGUUGCAAGCUUGCCUUCGAAAGCGCUGUCCUUCUGCUCAGUGACUGCUGCCUGCGUGGUCCUUUGGCCGGGCAGCCUGCCAUCGUGACGGCGCUGGGCUUCGCGCUCCGACGCUGUCCGUCCCUCCUCCGCGAGGAGGCAUUGCGAGGUCCCGGAGGUCCCGGUGGUCCUGGGCCGCUGGAGGUGCUCCGGCACGGCUUAAAGCAGGCCGAGGGCAACUUCGGCACGAACCUCAGGGCGCGCACUGCAGAGACCUUUGCAGGACUGGCCGCGCACUUCCAGGAGGUGGCGCAAGCAAACAGUGCGAGCUGUUCCGAUAUGGAUGCCGUCUCUGAAGCCAGCAUAGCAGCACAGAGCCUUGCAGGCCUGCAGAAGGAGGUGAUGCAGAUCCUGCAUUCCACAGACAGCAUUUCCACUCUGCAGGCCCUGCGGGGCCUUAACUCACUUUGCGACCUUGGAGUCGUCCACCCCGCUUCGACGCUGCCGAGCCUCAUCUCGGCGAGCUUGGCUGGGAACCCCUCGGCCUCUCCGCACACACGCGGCCUCCUCCUGCGCCUGGUGGAGGCCACACCUCCGCUACUGGUGCAGAAGUGUGGUCACGGCCUUAGGGCAGCCGCCGAGCAGCUCGCCCUUCAGCUCGGCUCCUCGGGAAGCGUCCACCAGGACUCCUGA